AGAAAUUUGAGAAGUGUUUUCCAUUGGAAAGAAAGAAAAGAAAGGGGGUGCACCAUUUUUCAUAAAUAUAUAUUUACCACCACCACUACUACUACUACUACUACUACUACUACUGCUGCUGCUGCUACUACUGCUGCUACUAAUACUAAUACCAAUCAUCACUGCAACCACUGCAAAUAUUACAACUACUGCUGCCACUAUAAAAAUAUUAAUAAUAAUAAAAAUAAUAUCUUAUUAAAAUGACAAAUAAGCGCUCAAGCCUCGGUAUUCACCUCCUUAGUACCGAAAAACGCCUCGAACUCGAGGAAAUGUUCCAAUCUUUUGAUGUCGACAAGGACAAUAUGCUGUCACGCACAGAAGUCCAAAACAUGUUAACUUCUUCUGGCUUCAAACCAGAGGAUAUUCCGUCAAUGGUCGAUGAGAUGAUGAUUGGCAGUAAAGACCAAAGGAUGACAUUUGAAGCGUUUGUCAAGGUUAUGCGGCCUACUCUUUCACAGCCUCAUCGCCAGUCUUCUAAAGAGAAAGAGCUCCGUGAGGCAUUUGAUGCAUUUGAUCUCGACAAAGAUGGCAAUAUAUCGACAUCAGAGCUUAUCAAGAUGAUGCACCAGUUGGGAGACAAGGUGUCGGAGCAAGAUGCUAUUCAAAUGAUCAAGGACGUGGAUAAGAACGGAGACAGACAGGUCAACUUUGAAGAGUUUGCUGUCAUGAUGGGUGUCCAGCUAAAAUCGCCUAUACCACCCGAAGAUAACCAAAAUCAUAACAAUCAUCAUCGGUUCUCAUUCAGGCACCUAUUUCGAUCGCAUAAACAUUAAUCAAAUUUCCUUUCUUAAUCUUUGUUUUUCAUUGGUCCAAAAUAAUAUUCACCUCUUUUCUUUUUUAUAUAUACAUAUCUCCCCCCAAAAAAGAAAGAAUCAAAAGAACUUCAUUUAAUUGUAAUCUAAAAAAGAAAGCUCAGCGCAGAAUAUUUUCUAUUAUCUUUAAAAUUGUUCUAUGUAGAAGAAGUACCCACCUUUUUUUUUUAUUAUAUAUACACCUAAAUUGUUUCAAUGCUUAUUAUAUUAUAUUAUAUUAUAUGUAUAGGUAUUCCCCGACUUCUUUUUAUUCUUUCUUAUGUUCUUUCCAAUGUAUAUCUGACUCCUCCCCCCAAGAAACCAUCCGUUCAAUAAUUUGUAUAAAUAUAACCUCUUUCUUUUCUUUCUUAUACACAUCACCUCCCCUUCUCUUUUACCUUUGGAUUUCCCUAAUAAACCUUGACCCCUUUGGUCCUCUACCU